AUGUCUAGCUCAGAGGCACCCGUCUCCGGGCGCGCCGCCUUCAAGAAGAAGGAUGGCGUUCUAUCCAUCUCACCAGAUCAAAAGACUGUCCUCUGGACACAGGCCCCUGGCAACGGUCCACCGACCAUUGCCCUUCCUAUCGAGAACAUCUCGAAGCCCACCACCUACCUCUUUCACUUCAACACCCCAGAUGCGAAGCCGGAGGCCGACGCUAUGAGAGACGCCCUCUCGAAGCUAGUGGGAGCUCUGCAAAGUAACAACCCCAAUGUGCCCAAGGCGGCAACGCCGGCGACGAAUGGCCCCGGGACACCCGUGCCAACCGCUGGCGCAUCCGGUUCCAUGGCCUUUGCCGCCGCGGCCAACUCGCUCCCGGCAUCGGCCAAGUGGUUUGACGAUGCUCAGCUCCUGAGUGAUAUCUCGCUACAGUUCGACCAGGAGAUGAAGCCUGACUCCAUUUCCCUCGCAAAGGCGGACUACAACGUCCUCGCCACGAUCAAGCCCAAGACUAUCGACGGCGAUCUCAAGCUCAACAUCACCGAGAAGCAAAUCAGCCUCAUCUUCAAGCAGCAUCCCUUGGUGAUGAGGAUCUACAACGAACACGUCCCCAAGAUUUCCGAGCCCGAGUUUUGGUCCCGCUUCUUCCUCAGCAAGCUCUCCAAGAAGCUACGCGGUGAACGAAUCGCCCCUGCUGAUGCCCACGACCCCAUCUUUGACCGGUACGAUCCGAACGAGAAUCUUAUAGGCACCUACUCCAAAAUCACCCCAGAGAGCAUUCCGCAAAUUAUCAACGUCGAGGCCAAUGAGGCCAACCAAGGAGGCUUCAAGGGCGGAAACCGAAAGGACGUGGAAAUGCGCCCCCGGCAGGAUAUCCCCAUCCUCAAGACGUUGAAUAGCAUCAGCGCCAAGAUCAUGGCCAACGUCGCCCCCACGGACGUUGACCCUCACGGCCCCAAGGGCGUGGACGAGAAAACGUACAACGAGCUCAUCCUCCGCGACCUGCGGGACCGCGAAGAGGCCCACAGGAUCCCCCUCAAGAUCAACGAGGAGCAGGCCUUCUUCUCCAACACCGGAGACGUCUCCUCGGCCAACGCCGAGGUCUUCGCCAAGCAAAACCCCGACGAGGUCCUCAAGCUCUUCCGCACCAACGUCGCCAGGCUCAACGACGGCUCCGCCAACGGCAUCGACCUGCACGCCCUCACCGGCAUAGAGGAGGACAGCGACAGCGAGAUGGAAGACGACGCCCCUCGCCCUCCCCGCGUCGGGUCCCGCGCCACCCGCGCCGCCGCGCAGGACGAUAUCCUCGAGGGCAUCCGCCGCCACCGCACGGAAAACACCACCACCGAGUUCCUCCGCCAGUUCUGGAACGCCUUCCUCUCGGGCGAUCCGGACCGUGCCCUCGAGCUGCAGUAUCUCAACGAGGCCCUGCAGCGCUCCGUCGUACGCAUCAACGCCGUCGCCGACGAUGCCGAAAGGCGUCGCGAGGAGAUCAUCGCCCAGAAGAAGCGCGAGAUCAGGGAGUAUUACGAGCGCACGCAGAGAAAGAUUCGAUGGAAGGCCGACUCCGUCGGUGGUGGAAGGCAGGCCGUCCUCGCUCUCAUGGAAUCUACGCUUUCCGCCCUGUCCAAGGCGCAGAGCGAGUAUAAAAGGCUUUGGAGGCCGAGGGCCUCCGAGCGAGCACAGAAGGUUGAAAAUCCUAGGAGGCACAAUCCUACAGUCUAUCAUUUAAACAAGUAA